CCCUUGGUCCUAGACCUCCGUCCAAAUCCAGACUUUGAUCCCAUCUCGAUCGUCCACUCCAUCAACAUAAAUUUGCCAACGCUCUUAAUGAGAAGAUACCGUAGAGGAGGCGCAAUGUCUUCGUUUGCACUCGAGUCCUUUAUCACCAUGCCUUCUGAUAAAGACCUCUACCAUGUGAUCCUUGAUGGCUGGCGUCUGGACCAAGAUCACAAUGCAUGGACCUUGGUCAGUGUCCUUGAAAGAGGUGGAGGAAAUUGUGGUGGACCCAUCCGACUGUGGUACCUUGAAGGCGGGUUCGAAGCGUUUCAGACUUGGGAUGUCAGCGAAAAGUUCCUAGUCCGCCCUGGCUCAACAUUUGAAAUAAGUGUUACUCAUGAUGGUCAAAAUCAGCAGCAGGAGCAAGGAGCUAUGGAAAUCUCGUGUAUUCUACCCAACUUUUUGUACCUGGGACCUGAGAUCGCGACAGAAGAGCAGGUUUUAGAAUUGGAACGACUGGGCAUUAAGAGAGUGCUGAAUAUGGCCCGUGAAUGUGAAGAUCUCUUGGUGAUGAACCGUCCUGGAAUGGAGUACCAUAAGAUUGGAGUAUUGGACCACAUUGAAGCAGAUGUCAGUGCUGGUCUUUUGCAAGCUGUUGAUAUUAUCUCUGCUUCAAAUGAUGCUCCAAUCUACGUCCAUUGUAAGGCUGGCAAGUCUCGAUCAGUAACAGCCAUUAUUGCAUACUUGAUCACACAGUUGCAUUGGUCAUUGAACAAGGCUUACAAUCAUGUGCUGACUCAACGGCCAUGCAUGUGCCCUAAUAUUGGGUUUGUAACUGAAUUGAUGAGAAUGGAG